CGGUUUAUGUGUGGCCCUGCAAUGGACCGCCUUUCACCCAGUGUCAGCUGGGAUUGGCUCCAGCCCCCUGCGACCCUGUACGGUUGACGAUGGAUGGAUAAGCAAUGUCUGCUUUGGCACUGCUGGAGGACAUUGUGCAUGGAAGAAUUCGGAGGGAGUGUGUGUUUAUUGGCCCAUGAUGAUGAUGGCUCACGAGCCGAUUCAGAUUCCUCUUGGAACUCUGUGCUGAACUGGGCCCGGCUUUGGAAAGGGGAACCGCAAACAGUGCUCUACCAGUCCCUUUGCAAGUGCUCAUCACACUUAGGUUCCUUGCAACUCGGCCUUCCAAAGGGAACUUGCUGACUGGUCGGGUAUCUCACAAUCAUCCCAUGCCAGGUGUAUGGGAAGGCAUAAUCCGUCUGUCUCCCAAGUGUGAUAAGCGGGCGAUUGACUGCACUCACAUUGCUAUAAAGGCACCAUCGGAAAAUUAAUUUGCGUAUGUGACCAGAAAACAUUUUCACUCCAUCAAUGUAUCUGUGAUGCGCAAAUGUGCCUGACAAAUGUUGUGGCACGCUGGCCUGAGUCAACCCAUGACUCAUUCAUCCUGCGGAAUAAUAGUGUAGACUUCAAGCUGGGGCCAUGCCAGAUGGCUAGCUUCUUGGUAAGAUGACAGAAACUAUGAUUUGUAUUAGUGCAUUUGGAUUUUAAUUUGAGGAUGUGGUUAACAUAGACCCUUAGGUGACAGUGGUUACCCUCUGUAGACAUGCCUCCUCAUCCCCUCACCAACCCUCUGACCGAGCAAGAGCAGCGGUACAAUAUUGUCCAUGCUUGCGCUGGUGGGGAAUGGACCAUCGGGCAGCUGAAAGGCCGUUGCCGCUGUUUGGACCGCACUGGUGGCAUGCUGUUGUACUGUCCACGGAAGGUAUGUCGCAUUGUGCAGGCAUGCAGUGUGCUGCACAGUAUGGCAAACAAACGUGGCAUCCCUCUGCCACAGGAGCUGUGGAAUGACGAACCUGAACCAGGCCCACAAAACAAUGAGCCAAAUGCAGCACACAAUGUGAAACAGUGCACAGCGUUCGUCAGGACACGGCCUGACUGCCUCACCUCAGCAGUGGAAGCAGGGGCGCAGCAGGGUGCGAACUGGAUGCAGCAGGGUGCACGGAGUCAGCUGCUGUGAAAACGCUGGCCUCGCAGUCAAGAUCCCCCUCUCCUCCUUGUGAAGUCUCUCUGGCUUCAAAAACCCAGA